UGAGGAAGAAAACAAAACUCUAAUCGAGUGUAGGGCGGCAUUAUUUGAUUGCCACUGCCACAUAGAUGUAAGCACUUCUUUGCUAGUAUCCACUUGCUUUUGCAUGUCUAACCUUUCGACCAGUAAUGCUUAUCGUCUUGGUGAUAAAAUGUGCCUAGUGAAGAUAAACAGUGCGAAAUCAGUACAUGAAACUGAAAGUAAAUUAUACAUGGUAGAUUUUCACUGCCCCCAUUUUGUCCAAAAUUGGAUCUUGUUUAAAUGGUAAAGAAAAACGUGAAAGUGUCUGUCAGAAUGAUGUGGUUCUGUCAGUUGCCUUCAAGGUUUUGUUUCUACAUACGCACCAAGCGGCUGGUCCGUGUAGUGGUGCUGUUACUGCUGGUCCUAUUUUACUGUGAGUUUCUCCACUACUACAUUGUUCUGCUGUGGUGCACAUGGCCGCACCUUGCCUCGCCUGCCCACCAACCACUAAGGGUCAUGAUCAUCGGGGACACGCACAUACUCGGCUCUAAUGCACACUGGUUUGAUAAGUUAAGAAGAGAAUGGCAGAUGGUUCGUUCUUUCCAGGCCAGCAUGUUGAUUCAUCGGCCAGAUGUUGUAUUUGUGUUAGGUGAUUUGAUGGACUACGGUACAGAGAGUUCAACACAAGAGUUUCACCACCAUGUGACCCGGUUUAAGGAAAUGUUUGACACUCCCGCACACACCCACAUGGAAGUCAUUGUCGGAAAUCAUGAUAUCGGCUUUCACAAUAUGAUGACACCGAAGAGACAUGACCGAUUUAAAGAGGCGUUUGACACACCUUCCAUCCGAUUAGUCACCAUCCGAGAUGUAAACUUUGUGCUGGUCAAUAGCAUGGCGCUGGAGGGUGAUGGCUGUUCCAUUUGCUCAGAAGCGGAGAGCAAAUUGAGAGAUAUCAAGUGGCAGCUCAAGUGUUCAAAGGGCAAGGAGACAGGGAAGUUUGUGGCAGAUGUUUGUGAGAAGAUUGAGACCUUGAAAUACUCCAAUCCCAUUUUACUACAGCAUUUCCCAAUGUAUAGAACAUCUGACAUUAACUGUUCCACUCCUGAUGCUGCUCCUAAAGAUGAAAGGGAUAUACCAUUUAGAAACAAGAUAGACUGCAUAUCGAAAGAAAGCACUGAUAUGCUGUUUGACUACUUAGACCCACGGCUGGUGAUCAGUGCCCACACCCACCAUGGCUGUUACAGGGUCCACGGUAAUGGUGUCCCGGAGUACACUGUGGCCUCUUAUAACUGGAGGAACAAACAGGGGCCAACAUUCUUUCUUGCAGAGAUUACUUCAAAAGACUUUGUGUUAAAUAGAUGCUACCUUCCUAAUGAGAUUACAGUAUUUGGUAUGUACAUAACUGCAGGAUUUCUGGCCAUAGUGUGCCUCAUAAUACCUCCUGUGAGGCAUAAACCUGUCCUUGUGAAUGGCUUCUCAACAUCCAAUAAGCAACACUGAUGCUAGCCAGAACUCUGGAUGUAUUGGAAUACUUGCUCAAGAUUGAUAAUAAUGUGAUGCAGUUGAAGAACAACUGGAAGGUUUGAUCCAGUUAUUUAAGUUUACUUCUGUUUUUAUUUAUUUUGUGAAAUUAUCAGACUUAAAUGUGUUAUUUUAUGUUUGUUCGUAUUUUUAAUGAAAUAAGUUGAGGAAUUGUUAUGCCCUUGGCAUUGUUGUCAGCGAGCAAAAACUUGCCUCGGCCAUAACUCAAAUAUUUUUGUUCUAAUAUUCAGAUGCAACUUGGUUCACACGUUGCCAAAGACACUAGCACAUGUACAGCAAGGCCCAUUAUAUUGGCUUUAAUAUUUGUUGAGUUUUUGCCCUUUUUGGUCUGAAGCACAUUAGACAAAUAAUGGCAUUCACUGCAGAUACCUCUCUUUUUGUAUCACAUGUGAUCAUUUUAAAAUGAUAUUAAGAUUUGUUAUUUUCUCAAAACGUUCAAUUUGUUCAAAUCUAUUUGAUGCAACAUUGUCUUGAUAGAUGAUCGUAGAUACUUUGUUAUGUAGAACACUUAUUUCACAUAGUGUAUUUGUUAAAGUAUUCUGAUCUUCGAUGAAAACAUACCACAGACUGAACCAAAUAACAUUCCAAAUCCUUUAUCUGAACAAAUCAGUGCUGCAAACCUGAAUCUUUCUAGAAUGUUUAUACUUGUAUAGGAAGUUUAUUUUACCAUAGAUGAUUAAUUGAUUAUAGUUUAACAAAUGUUGUGUUUUCAUAGACUGUGUUCAGUUCAUUUAUUCAGUGUUUUAGUACUGAGGAAAUAUGCCUUAACUUUUUCUGUCAUCAAAGGAUUGCUGUCUCAGCGUGAUUUAUUCUGUAAAUGAUGUGUGUUAAAUUCUAAGCUCACCUGAGCAGUAGGAUGCUAUUUCAUUGAGACUCUUAGGAGCAAUUUUCGAGUCACUCCUAGCAUUUCAGGAUGAAAUGGCCCACAGGGCAAUGUACAUCAGUUUGGUUUUAGUGUACAGUCAAAACCUGUUGGCUCGAUAUCCAUGUGACUGGCUAAAAUACUUCGAGCCAACGCAAAUAUUGAGCCAAGCGGGAAUGCUUAGAUAGAGAAAAAACAAAUCGGUCCUUAACAUCAAUUACAAGGAAAUCGAGCCAAGCAAAAUCGAGCCAACAGGUUACGACUUUAUUAAUAAUGCAAAUGAAAUUCAUCAUUCCUCAGAGCUUAUAAAUUAAUUAGUCAUAUUGGAUGGGAUAGUAAAAUUUAUCUGUCGUUAAGUUUUUUAUUCAUUUUUAGCUCCCAUCGCACAUAGUGCUAAUGGUGAGCUAUUGUGAUCGUCUGUUGUCUGUUGCCAUCAUAGUGAACAAUUCCUUUACAAAGUCUCAAUAAUUUUUAUUUUGGAUUUGCUUUUAAUUGGACAUAAUAGCUUACUGGUGAUAAAUCUUACGAUCCAGUGCUGCCAAAAAUUGAUUUCUUACGAGCACAUGACAUGUUCAUUAUUAGAAGAUAGUUGGUUUAAAAUUUGAAUCACUGCCUAUAUAUAUAUACUCACAUUGAACAUGUUCUUAAAACAUGCAAGCUGAAAGAAUGGUACCAAAUAAGUUUGUUUUAACAGAUUAACCGUAACAGUUUCUUUGUUGCUUUUUUUCAUUUUAUUUCUUUUUAUUCAAUAUGAUUAUUAUAUAUAGACCACCAGAAUAUACAUGUCAAUAGUUUCUGCCAUUUUUUUCUGAAGGCUUGGCGGGAACGACUUAUGGGAUGGUUUAAGUAAUCUUGUCCCCUCCUGACAUCUUAAUUAUUGUUCAAAUUGUUCAUGUUCCUCUAUUCGAAGCUUUUAUUAAAUUGAUGAAUUAAACUUUGUUCACAAUGAACCAUCCAUCGACCAUGGUGUAAAGGCUAUGUCUGAAGAGGGCAUUAUGAAUUACAUAUUUCAGUACACUGUCAUGUGAUAAAGCAUAGAAUUUUGGCAUAAAGUCAUUUCCACUAAGGCAUAAUGAAUAUGCGUUUAUUUUACCAAUGUCUUUUAUCUUGAAAUGAACAUUCUAAUAAAAACAACAUUGCAGUUAUAUUGAGUAAAUCAACUUUUUCACCAGCCUUUUGCAAAACAAUGUACAUC